UCCUCCCUCCUCCAUUUUGCCGCCAAACUUUCAAAUACCAGAGAGGGAAAAACCCUAAAAUCCCCCAUAAAUUUUCAAGUUUUGAACACCCCAAAACUUCCCCAGCACUCCAUUGCCAACCAUCCCACCUAUAUAAUAAGCACCCAAUCCCUCCAUUCCCGUGAUCUGUGCAGAACCGAAUAGCCCAUUUCUGCCCUGCAUUGAUCUUGGCAGAGGACCUGUUCGACGAAUUACCCCAGUGAGAGCGUGAUAUCCCUCUUUUCUCCUGGCGAACAUGUACGUCGUCAAGAGAGACGGGCGCCAGGAGGCGGUCCACUUCGAUAAGAUCACCGCGAGGCUGAAGAAGCUCAGUUAUGGGCUCAGCACCGAGCACUGUGACCCCGUGUUGGUGUCCCAGAAGGUGUGUGCUGGGGUGUACAAGGGCGUCACCACCAGUCAGCUUGAUGAGUUGGCGGCUGAGACCGCUGCUGCUAUGACUGCCAAUCAUCCCGAUUAUGCCUGCUUGGCUGCUCGGAUUGCUGUAUCAAAUCUUCACAAGAACACCAAGAAGUCGUUCUCUGAGACGAUCAAGGAUAUGUAUAGCCAUUUCAAUGAGAGAUCUGGUCUAAAGGCUCCUCUGAUUGCUGAUGAUGUGUAUGAAAUAAUCAUGAAGAAUGCUGCUCGUCUGGACAGUGAGAUCAUCUAUGAUCGAGACUUCGACUAUGAUUACUUUGGGUUUAAAACCCUUGAGAGGUCUUACCUCUUGAAGGUCCAGGGGAAGGUCGUGGAGAGACCCCAGCACAUGUUGAUGAGGGUUGCUGUUGGAAUCCAUAAGGAUGACAUUGACUCUGUCAUUAGAACCUAUCAUAUGAUGUCUCAGCGGUGGUUCACUCAUGCAUCUCCUACGCUCUUUAAUGCAGGAACACCGAGGCCCCAGCUGAGCAGCUGCUUCCUGGUGUGCAUGAAAGAGGACAGCAUUGAAGGAAUUUAUGAUACGUUGAAGGAGUGUGCUGUCAUCAGCAAAUCAGCUGGAGGGAUUGGGGUAUCAGUUCAUAAUAUUCGUGCAACUGGUAGUUAUAUCAGAGGGACAAAUGGCACAUCUAAUGGCAUUGUUCCAAUGCUACGUGUCUUCAAUGAUACUGCUCGUUAUGUUGAUCAAGGGGGAGGCAAGAGAAAAGGUGCUUUUGCUGUGUACUUGGAGCCAUGGCAUGCUGAUAUUUUUGAGUUCCUUGAUCUCAGGAAGAACCAUGGAAAGGAAGAGCACCGAGCUCGUGAUUUAUUCUAUGCCCUUUGGGUACCUGACCUCUUUAUGGAAAGGGUCCAAAGUAAUGGUGUGUGGUCAUUAUUUUGCCCAAAUGAGGCUCCAGGAUUGGCAGAUUGCUGGGGUGAAGAAUAUGAGAAGUUGUAUACUCAGUAUGAAAGACAGGGUAAAGUAAAGAAAGUUGUCCAAGCACAGAAUCUCUGGUUUGAGAUACUCAAAUCCCAGAUAGAAACUGGGACACCCUACAUGCUUUUUAAGGAUACUUGCAACAAAAAGAGCAAUCAGCAGAAUCUGGGAACUAUCAAAUCUUCAAAUUUGUGCACUGAGAUUAUUGAAUACACAAGUCCAACAGAAACUGCUGUGUGUAAUCUUGCAUCAAUUGCCUUGCCACGUUAUGUCCGAGAGAAGAAUAUCCCCAUGGAGUCCCAUCCCUCUAAACUUGUUGGUAGCAGAGGCUCAAGGAAUCGAUAUUUUGAUUUUGAGAAGCUGGGGGAGGUUGCCUCUAUAAUUACUGCAAACUUGAACAAAAUCAUUGAUGUAAAUUACUACCCUGUUGAAACUGCAAGAACCUCAAAUCUGCGGCAUAGGCCCAUUGGCAUUGGUGUCCAGGGUCUUGCCGACACAUUCAUCUUGCUGGGAAUGGCGUUUGAUUCACCCGAGGCUCAGCAAUUAAACAAGGACAUAUUUGAAACCAUAUACUAUCAUGCUCUAAAAGCUUCCUGUGAGUUGGCUGCAAAAGAAGGGCCUUAUGAGACGUACUAUGGAAGCCCUGUGAGCAAGGGUAUUGUUCAGCCUGAUAUGUGGGGUGUGACUCCAUCGGACCGCUGGGACUGGAAUGGUCUCCGGGGAAUGAUAGCCAAUAAUGGAGUGAGGAAUUCGCUUCUCAUAGCCCCAAUGCCUACUGCUUCGACCAGUCAGAUUCUUGGGAACAAUGAGUGCUUUGAACCCUAUACAUCCAAUAUCUACAGUAGGAGAGUUCUGAGUGGUGAAUUUGUUGUGGUGAACAAGCAUCUGCUUCAUGACCUGACUGAGAUGGGUCUAUGGUCCCCAGACUUGAAGAACAAGAUCAUAUAUGAGAGUGGUUCUGUUCAAAACAUUCCUGAAAUUCCUGAAGAACUGAAACUCAUCUACAAGACUGUGUGGGAGAUCAAGCAGAAGACAUUGGUUGAUAUGGCUGUUGAUCGUGGAUGUUAUAUAGACCAAAGCCAAAGCCUGAAUAUUCAUAUGGACCAGCCCAAUUUUGGGAAGCUCACUUCCUUACAUUUCUAUGCAUGGUCCAAGGGUUUGAAGACAGGGAUGUAUUACUUGCGAUCCCGGGCUGCAGCUGAUGCCAUCAAGUUCACAGUUGAUACUACAGCUCUCAAGGAGCCCAAGCCUGCAGAAGAUGAUGGCACUCAGAUGGCACAGAUGGUGUGCUCUUUGAUGAAUCGGGAAGAGUGCAUGGCUUGUGGAAGUUAGAACAAGUUUCGACAGAUGGCUGAUAUUUUACUGCUUGUGCAUGGAAGGCUUGAGGAUCUGUAUAUAAGCUCAAAUAGUUCAUUAGGGUUUCAGAUUUUGUUUAUGUCGUGGGGGAUCUAGGAACAACAGUUGAAUCUCGUUGCAGUGAACUUCUGGUUCUUUGGCGGUGGUGUUUUUGUUGAAAGCUGUUCUUAAUAACUAGUUAUCGAACGCGGAAAGAAUUCAGCGACAUUAUGUAAUUGAUAUUGAUCUAAGCUGUACUGCUCGGCAUGAUUAUAGGAAUGAUGUGGAAAGAUUCGGUAUGGUCCUGUAACGUAGAUGAUUCCUUAGGUAAUUGAUGCUAUAUGUUGAACCUUCCCAUGAUGGUGUGGUUGUUUAAAUUAGAAGAAGACUUUCUUCCAACUU